AUUUGAACGUAUUCAUACAAAGAAAGGGAACUACAGUAAGUCACUAGUUUCAAACCAGGAAGAGGUAGAUGAUUUAGCAACCUUGGAGGUACUGGAUGAGAAUACAGUAACAGAGCAGUUGCAGAAGGGUUAUGCCAAGGAUCAGAUCUACACAUAUGUUGGGGACAUUCUCAUCGCUGUCAAUCCAUUUCGGAACAUAGAUAUUUAUUCUUCACAGCAUUCCAAACUGUAUAUUGGAGCCAAACGGACUGCCAACCCUCCUCAUAUUUUUGCCGUUGCUGACAUAGGUUAUCAGUCCAUGGUGACAUACAACUCCGAUCAGUGUAUCGUUAUUUCUGGAGAAAGUGGAGCUGGCAAGACUUCCACAGCCAGAUUGCUGUCACAAUAUCUUUUUCAUAUCCAGGCUAAUAACAGGACUCUACAGGAGAAGAUCCUCCAGGUGAAUAACCUUGUAGAAGCAUUUGGGAAUGCAGGCACUAUCAUCAAUGAUAACUCAAGCAGAUUUGGAAAAUAUUUGGAAAUGAAAUUUACUUGUGGUGGCACUGUAGUAGGAGCUCAGAUUUCAGAGUAUCUCCUUGAAAAAUCCAGAGUGGUCCACCAGGCAGUAGGAGAGAAAAAUUUCCAUAUUUUUUAUUAUAUUUAUGCUGGUCUGGCGGAAAAGAAAAAACUGGCACAUUAUAAACUGCCAGAAUAUAGACCUCCCAGAUAUCUGCAAAACGAUCAUUUCAGAAUAGUGCAAGAUUUCAUGAACAAUAGCUUUUAUAAGUCUCAGUUUGAAUUAAUUGAACAGUGCUUCAAAGUCAUAGGUUUUACGCUAGAGGAACUUGGAAGUGUGUACAGUGUCCUGGCUGCCAUUUUAAAUGUGGGUAACAUUGAAUUUUCUGCAGUGGUAUCUGAACAUAUGAUUGACAAGAGCAACAUUUCCAAUCCAGUAGCCCUUGAGAAUUGUGCGUCCUUGCUGUGUAUUCAGGCAGAUGAACUGCAAGAGGCCCUCACUUCUCACUGUGUAGUGACUCGAGGAGAAACAAUUAUUCGUCCCAACACUGUGGAAAAAGCCACUGAUGUCAGAGACGCCAUGGCCAAAGCAUUGUAUGGGCGCCUCUUUAGCUGGAUAGUCAAUCGCAUCAACACUUUACUCAAACCUGACAAACAUUUAAGUGGAAACGAUGAUGGUUUGAACAUUGGAAUUCUUGAUAUCUUUGGCUUUGAGAAUUUCAAAAAAAAUUCUUUUGAACAACUUUGUAUCAACAUUGCCAAUGAACAAAUUCAGUUCUACUUCAAUCAACACGUUUUUGCCUGGGAACAGAAUGAAUACCUAUAUGAAGGUGUUGAUGCAAGAGUUAUAGAGUAUGAGGACAACAGGCCCCUCUUAGAUAUGUUCCUGCAGAAACCAAUGGGUUUAUUGUCCCUUCUGGAUGAGGAAAGUCGAUUCCCACAAGCAACAGAUCAGACACUUGUAGAAAAGUUUGAAGAUAAUUUGAAGUCAAAAUAUUUUUGGAGACCCAAAAGAGUAGAUCUAACCUUUGGGAUUUAUCAUUAUGCAGGAAAGGUUCUAUAUAAUGCAAGCGGAUUCCUAGCCAAAAAUAGAGAUACUCUGCCAGCUGAUAUUGUGCUGCUACUGCGAUCAUCUGAAAACAAUCUGACGCGACAGUUGGUAACCCAUCCUCUUACAAAAACAGGUAACCUGGCACACACGAAAAGCAAAACUACAAUCAGUUACCAAAUGUGGACCCCCCAGAAAUCAAUCAGUCAUACGAAGAAUGAAGCAGGAGAUACCGGACAUCAUCCAAGAGAGACAACCAGCAUGAAAACACAGACAGUCGCUUCUUAUUUUAGAUAUUCUCUGAUGGAUUUGUUAUCCAAAAUGGUCGUCGGCCAGCCUCAUUUUGUCAGGUGCAUCAAGCCAAACAACGACCGGCAGGCAAACAAGUUUGAUAAAGAAAAAGUGUUGGUUCAGCUGCGUUACACAGGAAUUCUGGAGACAGCAAGAAUCCGAAGACAGGGUUAUUCACACCGUAUACUGUUCGCUAACUUCAUAAAACGGUAUUACCUCAUCUGUUACAAAACAAAUGAUGAUCCUCCAGUCAGCCCGGAAACCUGUGCUGCCAUCUUGGAAAAAGCCCGCCUUGACAACUGGGUUCUUGGAAAAACUAAAGUAUUCCUCAAAUACUAUCAUGUGGAGCAGCUAAAUUUAAUGCGGAAGGAGACAGUUGACAUGAUUAUUUUGAUUCAAGCUUGUGUCAGAGGGUGGCUGGGUUCAAGGAGAUACAAAAAGAUAAAGGAACAAAGGGAACAAAGUGCUAUCAAAAUACAGUCAGUUGCCAGAGGAUACUUACUCAGGAAGAAGAGAAAAGAACUAACUGAGGCAAGGAACAAAGCAGCAAUAACAAUUCAGUCUCACUACAGGGGACAUAAGGAGAGGAAGAUCUUCAAAAGGAGGAGUGAAAAGGAAAAGGAUGAAGAACUUCAAGAUAAUGAGGAAGGUCCAGCUGGAGUGAAGAGUGCCCUUCCUAAAACAGAAGAAGAAGCAGCUGUCAUUGUUCAGAGCCAUUACAGAGGCUACAGAGUCCAUAAACAAAUAAAGGAACAGCACAAAAAAAUAGCAGAGGAAGAAUUAUCUGCUGUGGAAUUCCUUGAAGCACAACUGCAGCCAGAUCAAAAUGAUACACUGGAAGAAGCAGCAAACGAGGAGACUCAAGAUGAAGCUGAUGCUGUUACUGACAGCGAGUGCUCUGGGUACAGUGACACGGGGAAUGUACAGGAGCAACAAAAAAUAUCUACUGAAGGAGAGGGAGCUUCUGUGAAGCAGAACCCUGCAGUAGAACAUGUUGGUGAAGGUGAAGAACAAGCCUCUUUGGAAGAGCUGUCCAGCAAAUCUUCUGUCAAAAGCACAGCUGAGCCUAGUCCCCAGCAAGAGCAAGAUAAUCAAGACACACUCAGUGCAGAUGGGCAAGAUCAAGAAUCUGCUGUGGUCCAGCCCAGGAGUGACAGGGAUGUGGAAAGAAACCACCUGAAACAUGAAGCAGUGAUGCCUACAGGAUGUAAAGGAAUUAUAAGAAAAGAGUCACUAAGAGACUCACAGAAGCAAGUUGAGGCAGAAAAACAAGGUUCAGAAGACAAAGAGAAGGCAGCAGUGGUUAUUCAGAGCAGUUACCGGGGUUACAGAAGGAGGGGACAACUCAGAAAAGAAGGGAAACUACCUUGCAAAAGUCAAGAGAAAACUAUAAAGGAGGCAACAGAAACAGUGCACAUUCAAAAUAAUGAUCCCCAAACAACAAAAGAUAGGGAAAGCACCAGUACUGAGGCUGAAGACUCUAAGACACUGAAGGGAGACUCAGAGAAAGAGGCUUGUGAUUUGGCAGCCUUUUCACGGCAGAUAUCAAAAUUAUCUGAAGACUACUUAGCAUUGCAGCAAAAAUUGAAUGAAAUGAUAUUGUCACAUCAGCUGAGACCCGUGAUGCUGUCCAAAGAUAAGCAAGCUAAUGGCCGACUUUCUUCUCAUGUUUGUCAGUCAGUUGCGGCCAAAGUAGAAGACUCUCGCCCAAUGCAGAGACCCCCAAGGAGGCCACGGAAGCCUAAGACAUUAAAUAAUCCAGAAGACUCCACCUACUACACUCUAAUACAUAAAUCAAUACAAGACGAAAAACGGAAACCACGAAAAGAAAGUCUAAGCAAAGUCCUAGACUUAGAUAUCUACUACCAAGAAAUUUCAUCUACUGAUUCCACCUCAAAGGACAGCAGUUCUACCACAAGAAAGAAGAGACACCCAGCUGAGCGCAGGACUUCAAUUUUAAGAGCUACUGAGCGGUCGAGGGUUGCAGAAAGCCCCCUGGAAGAGAGUAAAACUGAAGAUAAUCCCUAUGACUACAGACGACUGCUGCGGAAGACCUCACAGCGCCGGCGCCUUAUCCAGCAGUUCUAG